UUUAUAUUUUCCGAAUGGAUCCAAAAUAAAGUGAAGAUGUUUUCUCUGCAUUUGUAGAUGAAUACUAGAAAAACUUCUUUGAAAUGUUAUUCAGAUUUGAAAGUAAGUUCAAUUUCUAUAAUAUUUAUUAGGCAAAGCUGAACCCAUUAAGGAAGCAUGGACAAGAGAAGAUGGACGAGGCCAUGGACUGACUUGUGUUAUUUAAGUAUAUAAUUAAAACUAUUCCUCUAGGAUGGUAAUUUUUUUGAGAAAGCUGGUGUGAAUGUUUCUAGAAUCACAAUUCCAUUGAGUUAAGGAAUUUUUCAGUAAAUGAAAGGAAGAAGGGUUCCUGGAAGCAAUUGUAUUAUUUAAGUAAUAAAUGAUGUAGUGGACUAAAUCGAUAUGAACAAUCUUGGUCAAUAUGAUACUUAUGCUAAUGGAGUAAGUCUUGUAAUUCAUCCAAUUAAUCCUUUCUGUCCAACUGUACAUGCAAAUUUCCGAACAAUAAGAAUAAAAGAAAGAGAGACAGGUAAAAUAGUAUUUUUAAUAACAAAUAGGAAAGGUAAUUGAUUCUUGGUUUGGAGGUGGUAGUGAUUUGACUCCAAUCUAUUUAUUUGAUGAAGAUGCUAAAUUUUAUCAUUAGAAUAUUAGAGAUGCUAUUGUGGAAGUGACUGGAGAUGAUAAAUUAUAUAGACAAUUCAAAAAGGAAUGUGAUGAAUACUUUGUUAAUCAUCAUAGAAAAGAAGCUAGAGGAAUUGGUGGUGUUUUUUAUGAUGAUUUUAAUUUGGAAUCAUUUGAAAAAGGAUUAGAAUUUUAGAAAGCAGUAGCUUAUGCUAAUUUAAAGAGCUAUGAAGCUAUAAUAAAUAAAAGAAAAGAUACUCCUUAUAAUGAUGAGAAUGUUCGUUGGAGAACAUUUAGAAGAGGUAUUAAAUAGAAGAAUCAUUAGGUCGUUAUGCUGAAUUUAAUUUAAUUCAUGAUAGAGGAACUAAAUUUGGUUUGAUGACACCAGAUGCUAGAAUAGAGAGUAUAUUAAUGUCAUUGCCUUUGACUGCAAGAUGGGAAUACAAUUAUCAUCCAAAAGAAGGAACAGAAGAAGCUAGAAUUGUUGGUGUCCUGCUUAAACCAGUUGAUUGGGUGUGAGAUAUAUAAGAG